AUGGCUUCUAAUGUGGAGGAGCAUUCUGAUGAUAGACUUGAGAACACACCAUCAACGAUACAGAAGGCUGCAGCUGAGUUCAUAGGCACAUACAUCCUAAUCUUUAUAGGAUGUGGAUCGGUCUUUGUCAACCUAAGCCUAAGUGACAUCGGUUUACUCGGUGUAGCCUUUGCUUGGGGUGUAGUAGUAACAGCCGUGGUCUACACAAUUGAGCACAUCUCUGGUGCACAUUUGAAUCCUGCAGUGACCAUUGCUACUGCUGUUGUCAGCAAACUUCCCUGGAUUAUUGUACCAUCCAAUCCUAAGAGCUAG